AUGGCGCCAGCUCGCGGACCGUCGUCUAGCGUAUGGCCUGCCGAUUCUGUCAAGGACGUGGCAGAGUCAUGCGGCAUCGCCAAUCUGUCCGACGAAGUGGCUGCUGCUCUCGCUACGGAUGUAGAGUACAGACUACACGAGCUCGUCGAGGAAAGUCUCAAAUUCAUGCGACAUGCUAAGCGGACGAAGCUGCGGGUGGACGACAUUGACUAUGCGCUCAAGGCUCGCAAUGUAGAGCCGCUCUACGGCUUCCGAACCAAUACGCCGCUUGCCUUUCGAAAGACGACGACAGCGACGGGCACGGUCUAUUACGUCGAGGAUGAGGAGAUCGACCUCAACAGGAUACUGCACGCUCAACUGCCACCAGCGCCACGCGAUGUGAGCUACACAGCACACUGGCUUGCCAUAGAAGGGGUGCAACCAGCGAUACCUCAGAACCCGUCUCCUGCAGAGAUACGAGCAUUGCAGACACCGCAUCUACAUGCCAAUGCCUUUGGCAGUCGAGCCGGCGGCUUUGCAUCCCAAGCGCCGAAAGUGCCGACAGCCAAUCCAGACGAUGUGCGACCACUCGUCAAACAUGUCCUCUCGCGCGAGCUGCAGCUCUACUUCGAGCGUCUCGUUGCCGCUGCGACGUCCGAGAGUGACGAGACGAUGCGGGAAGCUGCACUCGCCAGUCUGCGAGGCGAUACCGGCAUCGGACCGCUCGUGCCUUAUCUCGUGCAGUGGAGUGUCGAAAAGAUUGCACACAAUUUGCGAGAUCUCGUGCUGCUCGAUCAAACACUGUCUGUCAUUCAUGCACUCAUCGAUAACCCGAAUCUUUUCAUAGAGCCCUACCUGCAUCAGAUCUUCCCAGCGGUCUUGACGCCCUUGCUCACGACCGUCCUCGGCGAUGGCUCGGCAGUCGCAUUUGGCGCAGCUCAAUUGCACAGUACAGACCUCCGUCAGCACGCAGGGUCACUGCUCCGACUGAUCAUGGACCGCUACGCACAUGCUUAUCCCGCCCUGAAGCCUCGGAUAUUGCGGGCACUUGUCCGUGCAUUGACUGAGCUGCCCAUGCUGCCCUCGACCGCAGAAGGCGAGCUCAGCGAGCGGGUGAGCGUAGCCGCCUCUAUCGGCACGCGGUAUGGAGCAGUCUUGGGCAUACAAGCCAUGGGCACGCAAGUCGUUCAGAGUAUCCUGGGCAACUCGCAACAUCUCAGGACAGUCAGCCAAGCCCUCGGAGAUGCCAGUCAGGAUGCUACGGCUGCGGUGCAAAGCGACAUUGAGCACUGUGCGACCGCUCUACAAGGGGCUCUCAAAGCAGGCUUCGAAUCAAGCUCAGAAGAGACACAAGCCAGCUCAAAGAAUAUGCUUGACUACUUUGGCGCAUUUUUAGGCAAAUUCCUGGAAGAGCGGGACGGACAAAUGGCAGCUCAGCUGUACAAUGCCAUUCGAAGCCAUAACGAUUCGCUUGCUCAGCUCAACCAGAUCACCCAGGCUGCCAAGCCAAAUGGCAACGCAGCAGACGAGGAGGAAGAUGCGAUGGAGACCAGCUAGACUGUGCUGUAUCGGCCAAACGUGUUGCUUGUAAGAUACAACGUGACAGUGUGACGCAGUCCGGACGAGGGUGGCAGUGACUACUUUGCGGAUCCUGCCGCACCGACAAUUGCACCCUGCCACAGGAGUCUGUUAGCUCCAUCAUGCAUAGGACUAGCUCGGAUGUACCAUUGCAAUGAUGAGCUGAUUGAU